UACGUGGUGUUGGUAGGGGACGGAGAAUUCAAACACUCCGUGACCCCAUCUGAGUUUUUGCUUUCGGUUUUACACCGGAGCCGCGCAGCGAAACUGUUUCUUGCUUGUGUUGUCGGUUCGUUUUGUGUUCUUUGCCUAAUCCUUCUCCAUCCAGGAGUUAAUAUGGGACAGACUGUCGUUACCCCCUUGAGCCUAACUACUGACCAUUGGUCGGACGUAAAAGGCCGGGGGAGAAAUGAAGGUGUAGUCAUCAAGAAAAAUAAAUGGAUGACCCUCUGUAAGGCUGAAUGGGUCAUGAUGAAUGUAGGAUGGCCACGGGAAGGGGCAUUUAAUCUCUCUCUCAUUUCCCAGGUUGAGAGGAAGGUGUUUGCCCCUAGCCCCCAUGGGCAUCCAGACCAGGUUCCCUACAUCACCAUUUGGAGAUCCCUGGUUGAAAACCCAUUCCCCUGGGUCAAGCCCUUCCUCCCACAACCCCCUCUUACUCCCCAGCCUUCGCGUCACCCGCGGCCCCUGCGGCUGUACCCGCGGUGGCCCCUGCUGCGGUGCCGGCCAUGGCCCUGCGGCUGCACCCGCGGCGGCCCCUGCCGCGGCGCCGGCCGCGACCCCGGCGGCCGUGCUCGCGGCGGCCCCCGCUGCGGCCCCCGCCGCGACCCCGGCGGCUGGGCCCGCGGCGGCCCUAGUCGCGAUGUCGGCUGUGACCCCCCCGGCAACCGACCCCCCCGUGAUGACCCCGCUCGCUGGGGACUCGGAGGAAGAAAAAGAAACAGUCCAGUCCCCAUCGCAAGCCGCCUCAGGGGUCGCCGAGCCGGCCCCCCCACUGAGUCCAAAGCCUUCCCGCUUCGGGAAGGACCCAACCAUCAGUUACAAUAUUGGCCCUUUUCUGCCUCAGACCUUUAUAAUUGGAAACAACAUAAUCCCCCUUUCUCCAGGGAUCCUGUUGCCCUGACCGGCCUAAUUGAGUCCAUCCUAGUGACUCACAGGCCGACUUGGGACGACUGUCAGCAGCUCCUGCAGACCCUCUUAACUGUAGAGGAAAAGCAGAGAGUUUUCCUGGAGGCCCGGAAGCAGGUUCCGGGCGAUGACGGGAGGCCAACCCAACUCCCAAAUAUCAUCAAGGCAGCUUUUCCCUUGACCCGCCCAGACUGGGACUUCAAUACACCUGAAGGUAGGGAACAUCUACGUCUCUAUCGCCAGUUGCUCUUAGCGGGUCUCCGAGCGGCCGCCAGAAGGCCUACCAAUUUGGCUCAGGUAAGGAAUGUGAUGCAGGGAAAGGAAGAAUCACCCGCUGCAUUUUUAGAGAGGCUGAAGGAGGCUUAUAGGAUGUACACUCCGUAUGAUCCAGAAGACCCAGGGCAAGCACCAGGUGUCAUCUUAUCAUUUAUCUACCAGUCCAGCUCAGAUAUCCGAACCAAAUUGCAGCGGUUGGAAGGUUUACAGGCGCUAGGUUUGCCAGACUUAUUGAAGGAAGCAGAGAAAGUGUUCAAUAAGAGAGAAACUCCUGAAGAGCGUGAGGAAAGGAGAUGGCAGAAACAAGAGGAAAGGGACAAGAAACAGCAUAGGGAAAUGAAAAAGGUUUUGGCCGCCGUUGUGUCUAAGGGACAGCGGAGAGAGGGAGAUAGGUCGGGAGAGCGAAGGAGGCCACCCCUUGAUAAGGAUCAAUGCGCUUACUGUAAGGAGAAGGGACACUGGGCCCGAGAUUGCCCCAAGAAGCUACAAGGACCCCGCCGACCCAAGCCCAAAACUGUGGACCUCCUUAGUCUAGAGGACUAGGGGAGUCAAGGCCAGGAGCCCCCCCCUGAGCCUAGGAUAACCCUCAAGAGGGGGCAGCCCGUGACCUUCCUGGUUGAUACUGGUGCCGAACAUUCAGUCCUAACCCAUGCCGGAGUGCCUCUUAGCCGGCAUUCUGCACUGGUGCAGGGGGCAACUGGAAACAAGAGGUAUUACUGGACUGCCGAGAAAAAGGUCCAACUGGCAUCAGGGCAAGUAACUCAUUCCUUCCUGCAUAUACCUGAAUGCCAUCCGCUGUUGGGACGGGACCUAUUAACCAAAUUGAAGGCACAAAUCUACUUUGAUGAGAAGGGACCAAGGGUCACGGGUCCUAAAGGAGACCCCUUACAAAUCCUUGCCCUCAGCUUAGAGGAAGAAUACCGGUUGUUUGAGGCAGAACCCCCGGAGAAAUCACCUGAAGAGCUACAGAACUGGCUGAGAGAGUUUCCUCAGGCCUGGGCAGAGACUGGGGGCUUGGGGCUGGCACGCGAUCAGCCGCCGCUGAUGAUCUCACUAAAGGCCUCCGCGACUCCCGUUUCAAUCAGACAAUACCCAAUGUCACGGGAAGCUCAUGAGGGGAUUAAGCCCCAUAUUCGGAGACUCCUGGACCAAGGGGUGUUAAAGCCCUGCCAGUCACCUUGGAACACCCCUCUCUUGCCUGUUAAGAAACCGGGGACAGGAGACUACAGGCCGGUCCAGGACUUGAGAGAGGUCAAUAAGCGGGUGGAGGACAUACACCCCACGGUGCCUAACCCCUAUAACCUUCUGAGCACCCUCCCACCGACCUACGUCUGGUACACUGUGCUAGACCUGAAGGAUGCCUUCUUUUGUUUAAAACUGCACCCUCAAAGUCAAUUGCUAUUCGCUUUUGAAUGGAGGGACCCAGAAAAAGGGCUCUCGGGACAAUUAACCUGGACCAGGCUCCCGCAGGGCUUCAAAAAUAGCCCAACCCUCUUUGAUGAGGCCCUACAUGCAGAUAUGGCCGGAUUCCGGGUCGAACACCCAACCUUGACUCUGCUCCAGUAUGUGGAUGAUCUACUCCUGGCGGCCAGGAGUCGAACCGAGUGCAUGGAGGGCACUUGAGCCUUACUGGCCAGACUUGGGCAGAAGGGCUAUAGAGCCUCAGCCAAAAAGGCCCAAAUAUGCCGAGACAAGGUCACCUACCUAGGCUACACCCUGAGCAGGGGGCAAAGAUGGUUAACAGAAGCAAGGAAGGAGACGAUAAUCUCCAUCCCCCCUCCUCGGAACCCCCGCCAAGUUCGAGAGUUCCUGGGUACGGCUGGGUACUGCCGCCUUUGGAUUCCUGGCUUUGCCGAACUGGCAGCCCCAUUAUACCCCCUCACUAAACCAGGGACCAUGUUCCAGUGGGAGGAGAAGCACCAGAAAGCGUUCCAACAGAUCAAGAAAGCCUUACUUGAGGCCCUGGCUCUGGGUCUGCCAGAUCUGACCAAGCCCUUUGAGCUGUUUGUGGAUGAGAACUCAGGCCUUGCUAAAGGGGUACUGGUGCAAAGAUUGGGACCUUGGAGGAGACCUGUAGCGUAUCUGUCCAAGAAAUUGGACCUGGUGGCUACAGGAUGGCCUCCAUGCCUCCGCAUGGUGGCAGCCAUUGCCGUAUUACUCAAAGAUGCCGGAAAACUGACUCUGGGACAGCCGUUGACUGUGCUGGCCUCCCAUGCAGUGGAGGCCUUGGUCCGACAACCACCAGACAGAUGGCUUUCUAACGCCAGAAUGACUUACUAUCAGGCUUUACUACUGGACUCAGACAGGGUAAAUUUUGGGCCAAUAGUUUCCCUUAACCCUGCUACCUUGCUGCCACUGCCUAGCCCCUCCGAGGAGCAUGACUGUCUCCAGAUUCUAGCUGAAGCACAUGGCACCCGCCCCGAUCUGACAGAUCAGCCGCUUAAGGAUCCAGACGUUGUCUGGUACACAGAUGGGAGCAGUUUCCUGGAAGAGGGGGAACGCAGAGCCGGGGCAGCUAUAACCACCGAAUCGGAAGUGGUAUGGGCAUCGUCGCUCCCGCCCGGGACAUCGGCCCAGUGCGCAGAACUGAUUGCGCUCACCCAAGCUCUCCGGAUGGCAGAAGGUAAGAAGCUCACAGUUUAUACUGACAGCAGAUAUGCCUUCGCCACUGCGCAUGUCCACGGGGAAAUCUACAGACGAAGAGGCCUGCUGACGUCCGCGGGUAAGGAAAUCAAAAACAAAAAAGAGAUCCUAGACCUCCUAAAGGCCCUGUUCCUCCCGCUCCAACUCAGUAUUGUCCACUGCCCGGGGCAUCAAAAGGAUGACUCUGCGGCAGCCAGAGGGAAUCGGCUGGCAGAUCUGACUGCCCGAACAGUGGCUUCCCAGCCAGUAGGAAACAGCCAGUUAAUGGCUAUACAAGAACCACAGCCUGAGAGAGACCCCGUGCCCUAUAGCCCAGAAGACCAUGAGCUAGCAAAGAAAAUGGGGGCGGACUGGGAACAAAGAAGACAGGCAUAUAUACUAGGGGACCGGAUGGUCAUGCCAACCUCCCAUACCCGAUAUAUGCUGAGAUUCCUCCAUGCAUUGACCCAUUUGAGCAAAAACAAGAUGAAGACCCUAUUAGACAGAGAAAACACCGGGGCAGUGCUGCUGAACCAGGAUCAGGUACUCCAGCAGGUAACUUCUACCUGCCCAGCCUGUGCUCAAGUAAACGCAGGAAAGGUUCAUCUAAACAAGGGGGUUCGCCAAAGAGGCCAUCGUCCUGGUGUUCAUUGGGAAAUAGACUUUACAGAAGUAAAACCUGGACUCUACGGGUACCGGUACCUCCUGGUCUUCGUGGACACUUUUUCCGGAUGGAUUGAGGCAUUUCCAACCAAGAAUGAGACGGCUAACGUGGUAACAAAGAAACCGUUGGAGGAAAUCUUCCCCAGGUAUGGGAUGCCUCAAAUAUUGGGGUUGGAUAACGGGCCUGCCUUCUUCUCCCAGGUAAGUCAGAAGGUGGCCAAACUAUUGGGGGUUGAUUGGAAACUUCAUUGUGCAUACCGCCCCCAAAGCUCAGGACAGGUAGAACGAGCUAAUAGAACAAUCAAGGAGACUUUAACUAAAUUAACGCUUGCAACUGGCACUAGAGAUUGGGUGCUCCUACUUCCCUUGGCUCUCUACCGAGCCCGAAAUACUCCUGGCCCACAUGGCCUAACCCCUUUUGAGAUCAUGUAUGGGGCCCCACCUCCUGUUGUAAGCUUUCUCCAUCCUGAUAUUUCAUCUUUUGCCACCACCCCUACUUUAGAGGCACAUCUUCAAGCCCUCCAACUGGUGCAGAGGGAGAUCUGGAAGCCCCUGGCCAAAGCUUAUCAGGAGCAGCUAGACAAGCCGGUGGUGCCCCACCCCUUCCAGAUCGGGGACUCCGUUUGGGUCCAACGACACCAGACCAAGAACCUGGAAUCACGGUGGAAGGGGCCCUACACUGUCUUGCUGACCACCCCCACUGCACUUAAGGUCGACGGGAUUGCUGCAUGGAUCCACGCCUCUCAUGUGAAGGCUGCCAGGGAACCCGACCCAGCAGGAUCCAGAAAGUCAACAUGGACAGUGCGCCGCACACGAAACCCCCUAAAAAUAAGGUUGGCCCGCAGCUCCUCUUCCUCCCCCUCCUCUUAAUCUCCGCUUACCCCCAGGGGACUAGGGCGGCAGAGAGCCCGCACCUAGUCAAGAGGCUCACUUGGCAGGUCAUCUCACAACCUGGGGAGACGGUCUGGCAAACGACCACCCUUCACACCCCCUUUACAUGGUGGCCUAACUUGCACCCAGAUCUCUGCCAACUAGCAGCAGGGUCAGAGGACUGGGACAUCCCUACCACUGACCCCAUGAACCCCAGAGCACCAGACGUCUGUCAGGAUGGUAAGGGAACUUGCAAAUGUAGUGACGAGAGAUACGGAUGCAGUCACCCUGAAACCAGGGCAGCCCUGUCACAACUAACCUUCUACGUCUGCCCCCCGGGAUGGUAGGGACAGAAAGAUGAUUAGACAAUGCGGGGGUUAUGAAAGUUAUUUCUGUAAAGCAUGGGGAUGUGAAACAACUGGUAAUACUUAUUGGAAGCCUUCAUCCACUUGGGACCUAAUUAGGGUAAAGAGGACUACCCAAGGAGAAAGCCACUCAUGGCGUCCCCUUACCCAAGGACAUUGUUGGGGAACUGUCACGUUAGGAAGAGAUAACACUUACUGGAAGGGGGGGGCCCUGUGUAAAUUUCACCUGCAACCCCCUGAAUAUAUCUUUCACUCAGAAGGGAAGGGAGAUA